GCUACCAAUCGAUCGACCUUCCAGUCUAAUCUCGUUGCGGGGCAGAGCUGGCGAGAUUGUCUUUCGGUGCUUCCAUCAAUGGGUCACCUUUCAUCCAAGCAUGUUCUUCUUGCGGCUGCUAUCUUGUGCAUGGCCAUUCCGUCCUGCAAAGCACAAGAUGCAGUCCAGAUCGUAGCAAGAGCAGCUCUUUGCUUUGAUAACCACACCGUGAUCAACAACUGUCUGCAGCAAAUGGGGAUCAGCACCAAUCCUGGCGGCAGAGCGGCGCACGGCGGCUCCGCGUCGGGCGUACUGACCGACAAGAUCCCUACGAGCCCGAACGCGAACGCGGUGCUGUGCAACACGCCGUGCUUCGGGCACAUGAUGCUGAUGACUGACUGCAUGGACGGCAUCCUGUCCAACUUCCAGGGCUACAGCUCCGGCCUCAUGCAGGGCGUCCGCGCCAUCUUCCAGAUGUCCUGCGGCGGCUCCAGCAACGGCACCGCCGGCGGCGCGGACGCCCCUCCCGCCGCUGCCCAUGGCCAUGGUGAGACAGGCGUUGUGAAAGGCAGUGCCGCGUCCGGCAAGGCGGCUCGGAACGUGUCUAGAGGCGCGGCAGCUUUCCCGGCGAACGGUGCGGCCGGGGGACUUCACGUCGGCGACCUCCUUUGGGUGGCCAUCCUUGUGGCUGUACAGUAUGUGCUGAUCGGUGUUGUUAACUAG